ACAGCGCCGUCGAGUUGGGGGAACUGCUGGCGGGUGGAUCCGGCAACUCCCUGGGAGGCAGGCGCGGGCAGACGAGCGGGUGCUGGGAACCGAGCGGCAGGCAAUCCACGCGGGUCUGUGAAGCAGGUCGGGGACCCCAGCAGGCGCCAGUCAGCUUUAAGAAACAGUAAGCACUUCUGACUGUACUGAAAAUAGAAAAUUAGGUGACUUCCUACACUGCAAAUCAUGGCACUACCAUUCCGGAAGGACUUAGAAAAGUACAAGGACCUCGAUGAAGAUGAGCUCCUUGGCAAUCUCUCAGAAAUAGAACUGAAACAACUGGAAACUGUUCUGGAUGAUCUUGACCCUGAGAAUGCCCUUCUGCCUGCAGGAUUCCGGCAGAAGAACCAGACAUCCAAGUCCGCCACGGGGCCGUUUGAUAGAGAGCACCUCCUUUCGUAUCUGGAGAAGGAAGCGUUGGAGCAUAAGGACAGGGAAGACUAUGUGCCCUACACUGGGGAAAAAAAAGGGAAAAUAUUUAUCCCUAAACAGAAACCUAUACAGACUAUUACAGAAGAAAAAGUGUCUCUUGAUCCAGAAUUAGAAGAAGCUUUGACAAGUGCUUCUGAUACAGAAUUGUGUGACCUCGCAGCUAUUCUUGGGAUGCACAAUUUGAUAACGAAUACACAGUUCUGUAAUAUAGUGGGAAGUAGUAAUGGUGUCGACCAAGAACAUUUUUCAAAUGUGGUAAAAGGUGAAACGAUUCUUCCAGUAUUUGAUGAGCCACCAAAUCCAACCAACGUUGAAGAAAGUUUAAAGAGAAUUAAAGAAAAUGAUGUUCGUCUUGUUGAAGUUAAUUUGAAUAAUAUAAAGAACAUCCCAAUUCCAACCCUAAAAGAUUUUGCGAAGGCUUUGGAAACCAACACACAUGUGAAGCAUUUCAGUCUUGCAGCCACCCGGAGCAAUGACCCUGUUGCUGUUGCUUUUGCAGAUAUGCUGAGAGUGAACAAAAAUUUGAAGAGCUUAAAUAUGGAGUCCAACUUUAUUACAGGCGCUGGGAUUCUAGCACUGAUUGAUGCAUUAAGAGAUAAUGAAACCCUGGUCGAGCUCAAGAUUGACAAUCAGAGGCAGCAGUUGGGGACAGCUGUAGAAUUGGAAAUGGCCAAGAUGCUUGAGGAAAAUACAAAUAUCCUAAAAUUUGGAUAUCAGUUUACACAGCAAGGACCCCGAACCAGGGCAGCUAAUGCUAUAACAAAAAACAACGACUUAGUUCGCAAGAGACGAGUUGAAGGAGACCAGCAGUAAAUCCCACCAAGGUCUACUCUUUGGGAGACUUCGAAAGGUCGCCAAGGGCUUGUGUUGGUGAUAUCAGAUGUAAAAUUUUCCUGGGUAGAAGGGAAAAGACUGGAAAUCUAUCUUUCUUUCUUUUUUUUUUUUUUUUAACUACAUGUAUCUUUUUUCUAGUUUAAGUUGUUACCAGUUUCAAAUUGUAAAAUCAAUAGUAGGUGAUAUUUUGUAUUUUAAAGCAUUAUUUCUACUUUCUGCUAAAAUCAAUUUUAAUUUAGCUUACUUGAAUGAUUUAUGAUGAGUCUUGGGUAAAAAAAUGCAAUUGUAAAAACGUUUAGGAAGUCAUUUAUGUAGAAUAAUAUGAACUUUUUAAGGACCAAUCUUUUUUAAAUCAAAAAGGGACAUGGCUGAUAUCAGAACUGCUGCUGCACCUCUUAGGUACAAGGCACGUCAGAGCUUUCCUUAUUCCAUGACAUGGAGACUUUUUAGAACAUUUGAACGUGGCAAGAGUGUGCUUUUUGCUUCCAUCAAGAAAGCAAAAUACCAGAAUUUUAAAACAGAUGACUCAAAAUCUGGUCAUCUGUUUAGGAGUAAAAGCAGAUCUCUAGGACAGAGAAAAUGGUCCUCUGCACAUCCAGGUCACUGCGCUGUCUGAUAUGUCUCAGCAACACCUCGAGUUUUUUUAAACAAAGUCAUCAGCUUGGCCAGGUUACGUGCUUUGUUUAAAAGUAUAGUUAUGUCUAAAUUCAUCACAGUUUUUCAUGUUAAUAAUGUGGGCAUUGUUAAAUUUUUGUGAAAGCUGAUAGUAAAAAGCAUCUGAGUAGGAAAGCAAUUUUCCUCCCUGUAAAAGGCAUACAGCCAACUCUCGGUUAUUUAGAGUAAAAGGAAAAAGAAGACUUGUUAAACACAUGAAAUCAAAGAUGAUAAACAUGAUGGAGUUUAAGUCUGAGGAGCGUGCAAAACGGUCAUUUAAACUGAUAGUUACUGUAAAGUAAAUUAGAAAAUGGCAUGAGUAUAAAUUAAGUGUUGCAUAGGAUAGUGAGAAGUUCCUAUAUGCAAUGCAGAAUUGCUUAAAUGGUAUUUAAUCACCACUGUCUACAAAUUUUCCAACCAACAAGGAAAUUGCUAUUCUUCAUAAAUCUAAUCUGUUUCCUGUCAUCUUGUACUUUUUUGUCCGUAUUGUAUAAAAGUAAUUUCUCAUAACAAAAGUUGUCUUCCUAUUGGUCAAAGUAUUAAGAUGGACAAUUGAACAGUGGUGGGAAGACUGACUCUGGAACCAAGAGUGCAGUAGAGGAUUUGGACCUGUAUAUUCAUGCCCUGUUUCCGGGCACCCCUGGAGCGGGAGAGGGCAGAGGCUUUACAGCUACAGAAGUCAGUGGGGAAAGGAAUCUGAGUAAUCCUAGCCUCAAAAAUUCAGGCCUGACUGUAUCAUUUACAGGAAGAUUUUUCUAAAGGGAAGAAUCUUAUUUCAGAGUAGGAGAGAGGUCUGCUGUUAAUUUUUUUUAAACUUGGUGAAAUUGGAUUACAAAAAGUCGACUCCUUCAGCUUGGGCUGAAUAGUUUAUCUAAUGAGCUAGGCAGCUUCUUGUAGAUGAUGGUAAUAAGCCUUCUUAACAGGCGAAAGCUUCCCUGAUAAGAACUGGGUGUAUUUGUCUUUUUGAAUCGGUAUCCAGUGUUUUUAAAGGCGCCAAAGAUUGACUUUGCACUAUUCCCUUUCAGUUAUAGGUCGCUGAUUUUUUUUUUUUCAAGUUAGCAAGUGUUGCUCUCUCGCUCUCUCCCGCUCUCCCUCUCUCUCCCUCUCUCUCCCUCUCUCUCCCUCUCUCUCCCUCUCUCUCCCUCUCUCUCCCUCUCUCUCCCUACAUUACAACUUUGGAAAUGUACUUGAUUUUAGAGACUGCAUGGUUCCAGCAGGGUGGGGAGUGAGCACGGGCAGGUCUAUAAGGCUACCGUUACACUUUGAGCAAGGCUUCCUUGCUUGCACUGUCCUGUAAGUCAAUAAAUUAAGUAUGUUACCCCUUCCUCCCCUAAGUUUUUUUUAAAAUAUAAGUAAAUGGGACCCUCCCUAGAAUUGUGUGUCAUACUUAUGGGUGGUGUCUUUUUCACUUAUUAUUUAUCAAAGCAUGAAGAAGUUGAAUGUUUUGCUUGUACCAUUCCAGUUCUGAGCUACAAUCGUUCAUUAUAUAAUUGAAGAAAAGAUUUCUUCAUAAAUAACUUUAAAGAUGAACAUUCAUUCAGUUGAAUACAGAAAAAUCUUUCACAAAUUGUAAUUACAAGGGAGAAAACUGGUGUUUACUUUGAUCUUAAGAAAUCUGGCACCUUUUGAUAACUUUCAGUAUUUCUAUAUUGCUCUAAAAUUUUAUAAUAGAUUAGGGUUGUGAAAUAGUCUUGAUUUUCAAACCAAAGAUUUUCUAAGACCUUAGGUUUUGUAAUCUAACCAAUUUAAACUUAUCUGGUUAUCUAAUCAAAGAAUAUUCUUUGCAUUUUUAAAUUGCUAUUUUAUUUUAUAAAAUUUGAUAUUCAUAUUUGUCUGGAGUUCUCAUUUUUCCAGUAUGUCUACAUGAAAUUGUAUGUAUUAAAAAAUCAAUAUUAAUAACUAAUAUUGAUAUUAUUAAAAUGGAUUUUGGUGCUAUAGACUUGUAGCCGUCUAAAGUACAGGUGAAAUACAUUUUCUAAGGGUGCCUGUCAUUUAAAAGACCAAGUAAACAUUUUGUGUUUAAAAAAAUUAGCAGAUUGUUAGAGAUUUCAAGGAGAAUUACCUUGGUCGCUAAACUGCAAAUUCUUGUUAUUUGAAUGAAAUAACCCACACACUUGCUUUGUGCAGUAGGUGGACUCUGGAAAAGUUACAUGUAAAUAGAACUUUGUAAAUUGUUUUUUCAUUGACAGUAUCUGAUGUGUUUUCAUUUAAAAAGGGGAUCCCAUGGUAUAAUAAAAAUUAUAAAAGAAAAAAAUGUUUUGAUAAAAUGUUAGUCAUAUUCUAUUGUACAUUAUAUUUAACCCUUGCUGCCAUUAAAAUAAGAUGAAAAGAUUCA